AUGGAUACAUGUCAAGAUGAUAUUCUGUCAAGUACCAACGGCGUACCGAGACCAUUCCGUCAAGGUCAACAAGAUAAGUCCUAUGUUCAGGAACAUAUCAAGGGUUUGCAAUGCUCAACCUCUUUGAUACCUACUGUCAUAGGCGCCGCUUGGGCUGUCCUUAUGGGGCACUACACAGCAUCGAAUGAAAUAUUGUUCAAGAUGACGCCAAUGACGAAUGGCAAGAUAUCUGAUUUGGCUCGGGUCGAGGACUUCUGUGUCACUGUACCAUGGGAUGAGCCUGUUGAACAGUUUCUGAAACAACUAUCAGACCAGCAUCCGGAUUCCACCGACUCUUUUGACGCUGUCCAGGAGCAUACCAUGAUCUUGCAUCACCCGAGCAAACAGAACAGUGACAUACUCUUGGAGUGUUCCCUACAAACCAAUACUGUCAAGCUUCAACUACAACUCGACAGCGUCUCUUCCGAGGAAGUUGGCGGGGAACGACUGUUAUGCCAACUCAAGCAUGUAGUACAGCAGCUCUGUACCAAGGAGAGCCAGGAAAUACCGGUCGCCAAGAUAUCAACAGUCACCAAAAAGGACCUUGAUGAGAUGUGGGAGCGAAAUGCGUACGUUCCAUCAACAAACGACAAGUUCACCUGUAUCAAUGACAUUGUUAUGGACUGGGCGAUCAAGCAACCCGAUCGCCCAGCCGUCUGCGCAUGGGACGGCCAAUUAAGCUAUGGCCAAUUGGACAAAUACUCAACAACAUUGGCAAAGCAUCUUCUUACCAUGGGCGUCUGUACUCACACCAUCGUUCCCUUGUGUUUUGAGAAAUCUAUGUUGAUGCCGAUAGCCAUGCUUGGAGUCAUGAAAGCUGGCGGUGCAUGUGUCGCCAUGGAUAUCACCCAGCCAGAGGAAAGACUUCGAACCAUAGUGGACGAUGUCAACCCUGCACUCAUACUUUCUUCAGCAACAAACAAAGACUUGGCCACUGCGGUUUCUGACUGCCAAGUCAUUGUUGUCGACCUGAACUAUGUUGAAUCUUCGCCACCACGUACAGAAGAUCAUGAGCUACCUAUGGUCGGGCCUCAAAACACCAUCUAUGUCUCAUUUACCUCGGGCAGUACUGGGAAACCCAAAGGUGCAGUCAUCAACCACGGUAAUGUAUUUGCAGCUGUCCGGUUCCAAGGACGUUCACUGGGAUUCACCAAGUCAUCUCGGGUAUUCGACCUUGCUCCUUACUGCUUUGAUGUGGCGUGGUCCAAUGUCCUCCAUACACUAUGCGCUGGCGGCUGCCUUUGCGUACCCUCAGGAAUCAACGCCAUGACUGGAAUCUCUGCUUCAAUCAACAACUUAGAGGCGAACCUCGUCAACAUAACGCCCUCGCUGUUGCGUAUUCUGGAUCCAAACGACGUGCCCUCUUUACAGACCGUAUUGUUAAGUGGGGAACCACCAGAUCAUGCUACGUGUCUGCGUUGGAUACCGAGAGCUCGUCUUGUCAACACAUAUGGGCCUACAGAAUGUACCUUCAAGAGUUCUCAUACAGACCUUACACUAUCGACUUCUUGGCCGCCGAAUAUCGGGUCCGGUAUUGGAUCGAAUCUGUGGGUUGUGAACUGCCACAAUGCGGACCUACUGAGCUGCAUCGGAGCUAUUGGGGAACUGUGGCUUGAGGGCCCUCUAGUCGGCCAAGGAUAUCUUUCAAAUCCUCAAAUGACGGAAAAGUCUUUUGUGAAAGAUCCUGCAUGGUUGCUUGAGGGCUCACCCACCUGUGCUGGUCGACCAGGUCUGCUAUACCGAACAGGCGACUUGGUGCGUUCCAAUGGCGAUGGAACCGUAACCUUCAUCGGACGAAAAGACACUCAAGUCAAGAUCCGUGGCCAACGUGUCGAGUUGGAUGAAAUUGAGUACCACGUGCGAAAUUGUCUCGAACAGCAACCAGAACCGCGCGUGGUUGUGGAGGUCGUCUCUCCUGAUCAAGGGUACCGUCAAGUACUGAUGGUCUUUAUCGAGACAAGCAAGAUGAGCCUUUCAUCCCAAGACAACAUCGAGGCCAUCACAGGUACUUUACAGGAAACACUGACCAAAGUGCUGCCAUCGUACAUGGUUCCCCAAGUCUACAUUCCACUCCAUGAGAUUCCUUUGUCACCAACAGGGAAAACGGAUCGACGACUAUUACGGGACAUGGGACUAUCAAUCUUGCACGAUGCAUCCAACGCGACAGGAUCCUCAAUGGGAACAGAACCACACGAGUUGACAGAUACUGAGUCCCGUUUCGUCAAUCUUUGGAAAAUUGUGCUUGGAAUCGACACUAUCAGCGUUAGAGAUAGUUUCUUCCGUGUUGGCGGUGACUCCAUAUCAGCGAUACGACUUGUCGAAGCUUCAUCCAAAGAAGGCAUCUCCAUAACGGUGGCAGACGUGUUUAAGCGACCAUGUCUUCAAGAACUUGCUCUGGUAGCAAAAUUGGAAAGCCCAGAGACCUUUGUAGCUAUUGCACCUUUAUCCUUGAUCGAGAGCCCCGUGGACCACGAUGACCUACGCAGCGAGGUGGCGGGACUAUGCAAUGUCCCGCCAGAGAUUAUUCAGGAUAUAUUUCCCUGUACACCUCUUCAAGAAGGGCUCAUUGCAAUGACGGCUGAGAACGAAUCUAGCUACGUGGCUCAGAACAUUCUACAAAUCGCUCCCUCUGUCUGUCUUGAGAGGCUGAAAGAGGCUUGGGACCUUACUAUUUCAACAACGCCAAUACUACGUACACGAAUUGUGGACACGGGAGGUGAUUCCCUAGUACAAGUGGUUGUCGAUGAGCAGGUACCUUGGGAGCAUGGUGAUGACUUGGAUACAUAUCUCAAGCAUCAUAACCAUCCCACUAUGGGCCUCGGGAAGCCACUCAUGCACCAAGCCAUCAUCAACGACCCCGAAAGUAAUCGCACAUUCUUUGUUUAUACCAUUCAUCACGCCUUAUAUGAUGGGUGGUCCGCGUCAUUGUUGUUGGACAGAUUGCACCAGGCGUAUCAUUCGAGAACACUGAGUCCACCCCCAGCCUUCCAGCGAUUUGUGCAGCGCACACUCCAGAUAGACAGCGAUGUGAAGCAAAGCUUUUGGAAUCAAGAGCUGGCCAACUCAAAAGCCCGGGUCUUCCCUCAGCUCCCAUCGCCACUAUACAGGCCACGAGCAGACAAAACUUUGCACCACACGAUUCACGACAUUCAUUGGCCUACAGAUGGGGUCACAGCGUCCAGUAUCAUCCGAGCUGCCUGGUCAGUUCUCAUCGCACGUCACACUGCUUCAGAAGAUGUCAUCUUCGGUGUAACAGUAACAGGACGGCAAUCAGCCUACCCUGGAAUUGGAGAGUUGAUAGCUCCCACCUUUGCCACUGUACCUCUGCGUAUCAACGUCCGUUGGAAACAUACUGUGAAGGAAUUCCUUCAACAGGUGCAAACGCAAGCAGUGGAUAUGAUCGAGUAUGAACAGACUGGUCUACAAUAUAUACGACGCAUAAGUGCAGAGCUAGACAGGGCAAGUCAAUUUCAAACCUUGCUGGUACUUCAACCAAACAUGAAGGACUAUAAGAAAGAAGAGAACCAUGACAGAGCCUUGUUUGAGUCCGAUGAGCAAGGGGUUAUCAACCGUGCAACAGAUGACCUGAGCGUAUUCAACAGCUCUGCUCUGAUGCUAGAAUGCCAGAUCGAGAGCGAGGGUGUGGGAAUCCAGUUUAGCUUCGACUCUUCUGUUAUCGACAAAGAUCAGGUGAAGAGGCUGUCGCAGCAACUGGACAACACUAUCAGACAGAUUUGCAUGGCAAACCAGGCCACCACGUUGCUUGAUAUAGCUCAAGUCAGUGAACAAGACCUCGACGAUAUCUGGAACUGGAACUCGUCAGUUCCAUCAGCAGUGGACGCUUGUGUUCAUGAACUUGUCGUGGAGAUGGCAACAAAGUAUCCGAAACGACCUGCUCUGAGCGCAUGGGACGGCGAUCUGGACUACGGGCAACUACACACGUACUCCACAAUCGCGGCACGAAAUCUUGUCAAGUUGGGAGUCGAGCCAGGUAUCAUUGUGCCUCUAUACUUGGCCAAGUCUGUUUGGACAACAGUAGCAAUGCUAGCGGUUAUGAAAACUGGUGCUGCUUUUGUGCUCGUUCCAGCGACCGACCCUUUGUUACGUCUUCACGCAAUCAUAGCGCAGACCUCAUCACCGUUUGUCGUGGUCUCACAAGAUCAAGGCAGAGGCCUCGAUGGUUGUCGAGGUGUUAUCUUUCAAGAUCUUCUGAACUGUGAGGUUCAAUCAAACGAAUACUGCAAGCCUCGUUCUUUUGAUACCUCCAACACGGCGGUCAUUCUUUUCACUUCUGGGAGUACUGGAACACCCAAGGGUAUAGUAUGGAACCAUCAGGCACUAUCUACAACUGCAACUCAACUUGGGGAAGCGUUCCAGCUUCAACAUACAAGCAGGACCUUUCAGUUUGCUUCAUACUCGUUCGAUGUCAGUAUUCUAGAAACCUUUGCGACUUUGAUAAUGGGAGGUGUCGUGUGCAUUCCAUCGGAAAGUGAACGCCUGGACGACACAGCCAGAGCAAUACUGAAGAGGCAGGCUAACUGGUUGUGUAUAACUCCCUCCGCUGCAAAAGCACUUCUGCCAGAAGUCGUUUCGUCGCUGAAGACAAUUGUGUUUGCUGGAGAGCAACUAUCGCACAGCGAUGUCUCAAGAUGGAAUGGCAAUGCCACUGUUUACAACUGGUAUGGACCUGCUGAGGCAUCAUUGUCCGCUUACUGUCGUGUCUAUGAGGGGAAAUGGUCAAAUGGAACCAUUGGUACUGCGUUCGCCAAUGUCUGUUGGGUGGUAGAUCCUGAGAACGGAGAUACUCUUUUACCCAUCGGUGCCGAGGGAGAGUUGGUUGUUGAAGGUAAUGCAAUAGCCGAUGGUUAUUUGAGACAGUCUAGGGACUUGUCGUCGGUCUUUUACAACGAUCCGCCUUGGCUGCUUCAAGGAUCCAAAGAACAUCCGGGGAGACGUGGGCGACUUUACAAAACUGGCGAUAUCGUUUCCUACAACGCAGACGGGACUCUCAAGUACAGACAACGUAACGACACACAGGUCAAGAUUCAUGGACAACGUGUCGAAUUGGAGGCUAUAGAGCAUUGCCUACAGGAAAUCUUAGCCCCAGAUCUUGCGGUUGAAACUGUCGUCGACAUUGUGACUCCCGCACAAAACGACGACCCCAUACUUUUAGCUUUUCUGAGUUUCAACAGCCCGAAUCAAUCUAAGAACAACGACUUCACAUCGGCCAUGAGCAACGUUGCCGCCAUCUUGGAGGACAAAGCACCCAGUCUCUUGCCCGAGCACAUGAACCCAUCUGUUUACUUUCCCAUCAGCAAAUUGCCCUUCACUCUGAACGGAAAGAUCGAUAGACGAAGCCUUCGUGCAGCAGCAGAGAGAUUGACUCUACCACAACUAACUGAACUACUUCCUGCGAAAAAAGAACGCCUGAAGCCAACGACUGAUGUUGAGCGUGCGCUGCAACAGGUUUGGGCUAAAGUACUUGCGGUUGAGCCUGACGCUAUCGCAACGAACGACAGCUUUCGUCGGCUUGGCGGGGAUUCUAUCAAAACUGUCAUCAUGGCCAGGCUGAUCAAUCAACAAUUUGGCGUCAAACUCAGUGUUCGUGAUGUGCUGCGACAAAGAGCUCUUUGUGAUCUCGCACAAGAAAUUGGACGACAACAGAAUCCACUUCCUGGUCCUUCGCUACAGGAGACGGACUUGGGAGACCUGGUAGAAGAUGCUAAAGCCCUUUCUAGCAGCCUUCAGCUCUAUGCACCUGAUACGUUCGAGGACGCGGACGAGAUGCCUUCUAGAGUUCUUCUCACAGGUGCUACCGGCUACCUCGGCACCGCCAUCCUCCAUGGUCUUCUUCAGCGCCCAGAGAUCAGCCAAGUAUUUGUUCUGGUACGGGCGUCUUCUACCAAACACGCCAUCAACAGGAUUAUAAAAUCCGCGACUAUCUCUGGCUGGUGGCAUGAAAGUUAUCUGUCUCGUAUCCAGCCAUGGUUGGGGGACUUGGGAAAGCCCCAGUUCGCUCUCGAUGACUUGAGAUGGAAUCAGUUAUCUGGCCACUAUGAUUCGACCAAGUGCAUUGAUGGAAUUGUACACAACGGGGCGGCUGUCAAUUGGUACUCAAGCUAUGAUGAUCUCCGAGCUACGAAUGUACUCUCAAGCCAGCAGCUGCUUCAGAUAGCGGCCACCAACCCGCACCUGAAACGUUACGUCCUCAUAUCAACGGCGCCUCAGAGAGAUGUAGGUUGUGGUGCUGACAGCGAAAAUGCCUUUCGCAAGUAUCUCUCCGAUGCAGAUGGGUACGGGAAAAGCAAGUUGGUUGCCGAGCAGGUCAUGCUAUGGGCAAGCAGAAAGCAAGGUUUUCCGCGCCAACGUCUUGCAGUUGUCAAGCCCGGUUUCAUCAUCGGAAACGCAACCUCGGGGGUCGCCAAUGUGGAUGACUUUCUAUGGCGCGUGGUCGCCGGCUGUGUUGCUAUCGGGUCGUUCCCCAAAGCGUCAUCCAAUGUUUUCAUCUACAUUGCUACUACGGAUCAUAUUGCUAUGGCGGCAACUACCUGUUUGCAUGCCAAAUCUGACCAGAAGCCGAUAAGAAGAAGAGUUGAUGACGGCUUGCCUGUGAGGGACUUUUGGAGUGCUGUAAACUCUGCUCUGCCAAUUGCCCUCGAUGAAAAGCCCUUUGAAUCCUGGUAUGCAGAGUUGGAGAACAAGGUGAAUGACAACUUGAAACACCCUUGCUUCCCUGUCCUUCAUCUGAUUGCUCAUGGCAAUCCAGUUAUCGGGUCAGAGAAGCACCGUUCUGGAAAUUCUUGUACUAUGGAUCGUCGAUUGGAGCUUGAGGCAGCUACUGCAAGAAAUGUCAAGUAUCUGCUGGAGGUGGGAUAUUUUUCAUGGGACUGGAGUUCAGAUAAUGCCUCUGUCUUUCGGAGAGAAGAUAAAGUGAGAUAA